UCGCUAUCAUGCGUUACGUUAAUAUCAGUGCUGGUGCCGGAUCAUAGAUGUUUGGUGCCGGAAGAAAGUCUAAUUUGUUAUUAUUCGUGUUCAUUAAUAGAUAGUUAGUAGUUACCAACACGUGCCAAAUGUGCGGCAUUAGUUCAGGGUGAGACCUAGGAGGGAGAUAGAUCUAGUAAGAAAAAAAAGGGAUCCAGAAACCGCCAGUGAUCAUAGCGAUCAACGGCUGUCCAAGUAAUCCGUCCGUAAGUCUGUGACCGCACGUUUGUCGGUGCCGCUACACCAGUGCACUGAGUCCCGCCGACACAUAGGCACUAGACGUUCAAACCAUCUAUUCACAAUGUCUGUAUGAUGCACGGUUUGUGUUCGCCUUACUAAUGUUACAAUGUUACCAUACAAACUCAAAGCUUUGAACGACUGUUCAUCGGACGAGAGCAGUAAUAAUGAAGACUUACCUGUCAAAAUCACCAAAGAAGCGUUGGAAACAAAAGCAGAAUUACAGUAUAGCCAAGCUCUACAAUUUUUAGCUAGAGAUAAAUUAAAUGAAGCUGAAGAACAAUUGUCUCAAUUAUUGGAAAGUGACAUUAUCAGUUCUUUGCAUACUAAAUUGGAUCAAAAAGACCAAUCUCAAUCAUUAUUAGCUCAUUUGAAAUAUUGUUGCCUUACUAAUUUAGGAAAUAUUUUAUUAAAAAAAUCAAACUAUCAUGAAGCUUUAAUUCAUUACCAAGAAGCCUUAAAAAUGGAUAAUACAGAUUUGAAUUUGUGGUACAGAAUUGGACUUAGUCAUAGCAAGUUAUAUCAAACUGACCAAGCAAUCUCAGCAUUUUUAGAGGGAAUUAAAUGUAAUCCCAACCAUUGGCCAACACUGGAUAAGUUGAUUACUUUAUUAUAUGCAAGCAAUGAAUAUGUUUGUUGUAUAUACCAUAUAAGUAUAUCUCUUACUUUAGAUUCUGGAUAUCUUAAAGGACAUUUUAUUAAAGACAUUAUUUUUAAAAAAUUUCCAUCAUUAAUAUCUUAUUUUAAAAGUUAUUGUACUGACGGUGGCUUAGAUGUCAAAUGUACUGAAACUAUUGAUGAAAAUAUACAACAAAAGGUUUUGAAAGAAAUCGAGGAUGUUAAAAAAAAUGAUCCAACAUUAUGUUUUGGAAAACCAUCAUUAAAUAUAAAAUGCAAACCAGUUUUGUGUGCAAAGCCUUUAGAAUUUAAAGGUUUGGAUCAACUUGGAAAGUGGUUAAUUAAUAUUUAUGAUAAUUUAUUUGAAAAUUAUGAACAUUCGCUUUUAUAUGAACCUAUAGAAUUCAUUCUUGAAUCUUCGACUCUGGAUAUAAAAUAUCAUAUUAAUGUUGAUGAACAUUUUAGUAAAAAAGACUUUGAAAAACCUUCAUUUAAACUUGAUGUUCCUGUAACAAAACGAAGAAAAAGUUCUCCUUCGAUAACUGAUCCUUUAAAAUUAAGUCGGAGAUCAGCUCGAAAUAAAGCAAGUGCUAAAGUUAAUGAGUCAACUUUAGUGAAAUCAGUAUGGAAUAUCAUGCCUCAACAUUUAUUGCUUAAUAAAGAUAGCAGUGAUAAAUUGAAUAUAAAUUCAAUCAAAUGGUCUGAUGAUUCCAUGGAUACGAUGGAUUUAUACAGAUUAUAUGAAUUUUCAGAUAUUUUAAGUGAUGGGUAUACUGAAAAUUUAUUAAAAAAUAAUAUGUCUGAGGAAGAACGCCUUAAACAAAUAAACGAAGAAAAUUAUUUUGGAUCAAAGUAUGAAGAAAAUGAUUUAAAUAACUUUAUUAAAAUAAAUGACAAAAAGUCAAUUUCUGAUUUACUUGAUAUUUAUUUGGUAAUGAUUGCUAAUAAAUGGUCAAAUGUUUGGCCUGCUGAUUUAGCGCAAGUUUAUAUAGACGUUUUCAAAAGAGUAUGGAUUCAUACAGGAAAACAACAUAUAACUUACAUUUCUGAUUCAAACUUAAAUAAUUUAGAUAAAGAACAACUUAAACAAGUAACAAAUGAAAUUAUUUCCAUUCUAACCUAUGGAGAAUUAAUAUGUGAUCUUUAUUUUCAAUUAAAAACCAGUUUUAAACCAUUAGAAGGAAGUAUUAUUGGAGGUGACUUUUGUUCCUUAUGGAUCGGUAGUAUUAAUGACGCACUCUCAAUAAUAGAUUUCAAAGAACACCAUUUAUCAAUUAAUAUUCGGUUUUUGUGGUUAAGAUCAUUAUUUAAUUUGCAAGAUAAAGAAACAGGCCUUACAUGUGAAGUCCUUGAUAUGUUAUUGUGUGUCAUUGAUGACUUAGAUGAAUUUGAAAUUAUCUUACCAAAUUUAGAAUAUUUUUACCGGAUAAACAAAAAAAUAGCUGAAAAACUUAUUAUCACACUAAAAAGAAAUAAUUUAUUAAGUACUGUUAAAAAUUUAUAUGAGUUAAAAGAAUAUCUAAGUGUUGUUGAUAUUUUAAAAGAAACUUUAAAACCGCAAAGUCGUACUUUCAUGGAGAUACCAAGUUAUCGCACUAUGACAAGAUUUAAUCAAUAUAUAUAUAUGUUAAAUUCAUUCUUAGAAUUGAAAAAUUAUUAUGAUUUGUUUAAAUGGUGUGAACCUUGCUUAUAUGAAGGUAUUCUACAAUAUCGUAAGAGUCUAAUUGAAGACUGUGACCCAAACCAAAAAACUAAUCAAGCCAAGUUUAUAAAUAAUAUAUUUUAUGCCAUGUUAGAAUCUAUUAAAAUAGAGGGGUUAAAUGUUUUUGAAAAUUUAUCUCAAGGGUUUAAAUCAAGACUUAUACAAUCAGUUAUAAAUCUAUUAUCAUAUCUAAUAGAAACUCCUGAUAGCAACCCUGAAAUAGAUGCUGUAUCUCCAUGGUUGUUAAUCUAUAAUUUAUUAAAAUUCGAAGAAUCUAAAAAUGAUAAUUCAAUUACUUCUCAAACUACUACUAUUCCACACUCUUUAUCAUUACUAUUUCUUGGUCAUGAAUAUUUGGGAAAGAGAUCAUGGUGUUGUUUUGAAGAUGGUAUUUUACUAUUCCUAACAUUAUCUGAAAUAGAACCAUACAUCCAUUUAGAUUUUUAUACUGUAUCACUUGUACAACAAGUUGAUCAAAUAUUUUAUUGUUUAUUUACUCGUUUAAUCAAACGUAAUAAGCCACGUCAUGUGCAGGAUCAUAAUUCUAUGGGAUUAGCACUAACAUGGCCACGAGCAAGACAGUUAAUACAUUUCUAUCAACCUCCAGAAUUACCUAGUUAUGAUGGUAUUUCAAAAUCAUAUACUAUUAGUUCCGAUACUGAAGCUUUGUUUAAAAAAGUUAUAACUCUCAUACCUGAAGAAAUUAAACCAAACAAAUUGAUGGAUGAUUUAAUGUCAUAUAUAAGAGGAGAAAAUGACCAGCUUCCAGUAAACGAUAAUCCGUUACCUAAUGAUGUAAAAGAUAUUUUUUAUUUAAUGGCUGAUUAUCAUUUUAAAAACAAAACUUGGAAUCAAGCUAUUCGAUAUUAUUUGCUUGAUCUAUGCAGUAAUUUGGAUCGUUUUGAUUCAUGGGCAGCAUUAGCAUUAGCUAGAGGUAGUCAGAUAGAAACAAAAUUAAAUUCAUGCGAGUCAAUUAAAAACGAAGGUGAUAUAAUUCAAAAAGCUCAUAUGGCUGGUCGAUGUUAUAAACACGCUUUAAAACUUAAUCCAGAAAAUACUACUCUUCUCAUUGAAUAUGGAACAUUCACUUAUAGUAUUCAUUCAUUUUGUUCGCGCUUAUUAAAACAGGAAACUUCUAGUAUGAGUUUACAAAUGUUUGGCGAACUUGAACAAGAAAAAGAAAAAAUGAUUAAAAUUGCUAGAAAAUGUUUUGAAACAGCCAAUAACGUUUGGGACUGCACUGAUUGUGAUGACCAAGAUGAACGAUGGAUGCAUCAUUAUGUUCUUGGGAAAAUUAAUGAAAAAAAUGAUGACAACUCAGUACUAUUUAUGGAUCAUUAUCUAAAGGCUGCUGAAUUCUUAGAUUCUUAUGGAGCUAUAUUUCCAAAACAUAUUAUAUAUACAUCUCCACAAUAUUAUUCAAUUGAAGUGCUUGAGAUUUAUUACAGAAUUCAUGCUGGAGCGUUGAAACUAUUAGAAAAAUACGAAAACCAAUCUUCAAAUGAGGAACUAUAUUUGAAAAUUGAAAAAGUGUUAGAUAAAAUUUCUAAUAUGUCCCCUAUAAGCGAUAAAAAUAAGAGAUCCAGUAAAUUGUCAAAUAUAGAUGUGAAUAGUAAAAACAAAAUUAAAAAGAAAGACAUCGAAUUAAUUGUAAAACAAACUUUAAACGACAUUAUUGAUCAAAUGGAUGUGGUCCAGCUUGAUAAAGAAGAAGAUAGUUCAAAAGUAAUUAUAAAUAAUCCAUGGACAGUUGUUGAUGUUUAUACAAAAAAAGAUGAAAUGGAACUUGCUAACAUGAAUAGCGCAGACAUGUCAAACAUGCCUAGAAAAAAAAUGAAAUUUAAUAAUGAUUUACCUAAUCGAGAUAUAAGAGACCUUCGUGGGUUAUUAAUUCAAAGAUGCCUAACAGCUCUAGAAGAUUGCAUAAAAAGAUUUCCUCAACAUUAUAAAUCUUAUUAUCGCUUGGCUCAUUUAUAUUUCCGUUCUCCAUCUCAUAAAAAUUAUGAGAAAUUUAAGGAUUUGAUGUUUGGUGAAAAGGGAUUAUUUGUUGGCCAAAGACCUAACAACUUUUUCCAUGGUGUUUGGAGAAUUCCAGUUAGUGAAAUAGACCGUCCUGGUUCGUUUGCAUAUCAUAUGAGUCGAUGCAUACAUUUAAUAUUAGAUUUCCUUAAAGAAACUGGUGACCACAAAAUGCUUCUAGAUUUAGCAAUACAAUUGAAGUUUACUCCUGAACUCGAGAAGAAAUAUUUACGUGAUAAUGAACGAGAAGGUAUUUCAAAAGAGGCAUUGUUUCUUAGUAUUCAAAUAUUAAGGAGAUUAAAAUCAGAAUACGCUAAAACUAAUAAUCGUAGUAAAAAUGAACUUCUUCUUAUUCAAGUUUACAAGAGUUAUAAACGUGUGUUCAAAUGUUGGCAGCAAAGGGACAAUACUCUCUCAAAAUUAUUAUUGAAUGUCUAUCAAAACAUUGUUGGAACUAAAGAAGAUGUUUCCAAUGACGUGAUAAUUAAAUACUGUCAAAAACUGCAAUCGAAAGAAAAAGAAAUUGAAUUCCAAAGCAACAUUGUUAAUAAUGAAAAUGAUCUUCUCUCGUCGGCUGUCAGUCCAUCAAAAUCCGUAUGUAAACUGGGUUCUGCGAAAUCUAUGUCAAAUUCAUUAUCACUUGACACCCAAAAACAACUUUACUCACAUCAGUUGCCAAUGAAUACAGAACUAUCUAAUCAAAUAAUGUCCAUGUUGGCUCCCUAUUCACAAUCACCAUUAUUGUUUCCAAUGCCCAUGGAAACGUGUAGCUAUAGCUAUACAUUGCAGCAAAAAUUACAAGCAACGAAACAGAAAUUAAAACGAAACAACAGUAAAGAAAAAUCGGAAUCGAAACGGUUGACAAAUAAUAAAGCAGACAAAUCAGAAGCAAAUCGAUUGAUAAACGGCCGAUCGAAAAAAAAUACAGGAAACAAGAGUGGUGGUGAAUUAAAAAUCGCGAAGAACUUAAAGUCAGUGCACGGUGUCAAGACUAAAAAAAUAUCUAAAAGUGAUCGUUUGGAACUUGAAAAGACUUCGAACGAAAACAGACCAAAUGAAUUGAAAUCGUUCCCAUUACCGGAUUCGGUGGUAGAAAUUAAUAAAUUACCGUCCGCAAAGAACGCGUACAACUCGUUUAGUGAAGACUUUGCCGCCGUUGCCGGUCCAUCACAAAAUUCAAAAUCUAUCCAAAUGCACUACGAUAAACCGAAUGAAACUGUAGCCGCUCAUCAAGCAAUAUCGUCGACGGGGAGCGUCACUGUCAGUAAAGUGAAAUUACCGGCGGCAGCGAAAAUCGCAGGCUCUCGUAAAUCGGUGUACAUAGACUUGGAUUGUGCUGCCGAACAAGCUCGUUUGAAAUCAACCAUUCUUCAAAAAAUUCCAGAGAAAAAAAAUACUGUUCCAGUUUCGUUGAAUCCAGCCAUGUUGCUAUCGUCGUGUCCGGGAUUGAGUAUUACGCCCAUUGUUAACGAAGUGUCGGUAAUGCUAUCUCAAAACACUCCGACGACAAUUCCGCCGCCGUCGAAGAAUUUCCAUUUUAAACAGCUAGAACAUCUCGGUAAUAGUUUAACGAUAACAAAAACUGAGAAAAACGGAAGUAAAAAAUCAUCACCAGAACUGAUCAUCCUUGAUUAGACCUAAUAUGAUACAAUUGAUGUCAUACACUUUUAAAAAUACUAGUCCAAUAAUAUUUUAAAUAUUAGUUUAGUUUAGGUUAUUUAUUUUUAUUUUUGUGUUCUGAAUGGAUGUAAAAUAGUAAUAUAUUAUGUAUUAUAUGUAGCUUUAUUGUAUAUUAAGUAUCUACAUCAUAAAAAUGCUGCCCAUUUUUUUAAAUUUUGUUCGACAUCUUUCGUUUAAUAAUGCUAAUGUUUUCUUAGCUAUUCUGAAACCU